UCCGCAACGAGUGCCUACCUGCCGCCUUCCAGCCCAAUAUGAUUAACUGGCAGGCUGGACCUACCGUGCCGUUGGAACCUGCGAGGAGGCUCGGUUUUCGGCACGAUAGUGAGGGGCGAAGGGUUCCUGAGAAAGCGAGGGAUGGAGAGGUGGUAUUUGUGCAGCUGAUGAACAAGUUUGUGAAGCUAGAGCCCUUUUUUGGGGAGCUAGAAGGGGCGGUGAAUAUCCGCAUGGUGAGCAACCGCGGCGUGCUGACGUGGCUGCAGACUAAGGCGGAGGGCGCGUGGGCGGAGAGGUUUAGGGCGAUGGGCUUUCGCCUGCCGUAUGCGCUCGGGUGCGCCGUCCGAUUCCUCAUGAAGCCGAGGCCAGAGGUACAGGAACUAUUCCACAGCAUAGAGCUGCAGCUGAGGACGCCGCCCCCAACGGGGAGAGGAGAGAGGCGGCGGGGCGUCGCGACGCUGGGGAUUCACAUCCGGGUGAAGGAUGCGGUGGUGUGGGAGGGCGACAGGGGCGCGCCCAAGGAGCUGAGUGCCGAGAUGGUGCAGAAGCUUGUUGGGAGCGCCAGCAGAUGGCUCCACUGCGCUAGGCGUGUGGAGUCGUACUGGUUCCCCUCGUCGCUUACUGUCCGUUGGAUGCUCAUCACCAACUCAGCUCAACUGAAGGCCGCCCUCAAAUCAGAUUUCCCCGACAAGGUGAUCACAACAGACUUCAUACCUCGGCAUUCCAACAGCCUCAGCUCGGAUUCCCCUGGCAGCCAUGGCAACAGCUCGGCUCGAAGAUUGGGGGCGAUUGCCGAAGAGCAACAAGACGAGGAGAAGCGUGAGAGGGAAAGAUUGUUCCAAGAGGUGGUAACCGAGUGGUUGCUGCUGGCCUCUUGCGAUGCGUAUAUUAUUUCACGGUCGGGUUAUUCAAGCACAGCUGUGUAUUAUGCCAAGAGACCCAUGGCUGCUUUUGAUACAGAUAAUUGUGACCCUGAGAUGCCUUUGCAGGCGGUAUAUAAUCCAGGGCAGGCUCGAGGUAGGGUUUAAGAAACGUUGUUACAUUAGUCCUCAU